GUUUAAAGUAAAAUGCUCUUUUAGUAACAAAUGUUUCAUGAGGUCACAAAAGUUUUCUUAUGUAAGUUAACAUGGAAUGUGAAGAUCUUUUACCUACUGAAGAUACAUUUAUUGCAUUGCAGUCUGGGAGCAUUAAAAGAAUCUUGAAUCUAAGCAAUGGCAAGAUUCGACCAAUUCUUCCGUCAUUAGUACAAUUGAUCUCCAAACCUGCAGAAAAUGUUGAGUUUGAAUGUUUCCAGAAAGAAGUUAUCAAAAAGUUAUCACAAAUAGAUGACGUCAAUACUGUUUCAAAAUUAUUCAAGAUAGAUUUUGGUAUUGUUCAUGAAGAUGCUAUAAAAGAGCAGCAUUUACACAAAAAGCUUGGAAGCAUUGAAAUGUCAAAUGAUUUACUUGGAGAAUCAAAAGGAAUUUUGUUAGAGUUUGAGGAGAGUGAUGAAAUAAAACGUAUUCGACUUGUUCUCAGUGAAAUUCUUCGUGUUUCUGCGCAAAUUCAAGAAAAUGCUUCUUUCAAACUAUUUGAUUCAGAGUUGUUUGAAUGUGUAACUUACUUAGAAGAUAUCUCUGAUAUAAUUUGUGUUUCUUAUGCAGAACUUCCUUCACUGCUUACCCUACCUGAACUUGCUGAAGUUUUAUUAAGAUUAAGGUUUGGUCCAGAACUUCUUUGCAUACUGGUUGUUAACAAUCCACACUCAUUUGAUAUCGUUUGCUCAAGCAUCUUAAGUCACGCAUCUUCUACUGAAGAUUUAAAUAUACAAACUCAAAUUAGAAUUAAAACUUUGAAAAUGCUUUGCCAUAUCAAUCCCCAAUACAGAAAAAUUAUGCGUGCAGAAUGUGUGUCUACAAGGAAAUUAAUUGGAUUAGCAAUCGAGUUGUCGAUUGGUGAGAAUGGUGUAGAAAACUCAAGUGAUUUAGUCCCUUUUUUUACUGGUCUACUAUUAGCAAGUGAUCAGGAAACAAAAGAUUGGUUAGCUGAAUAUAUCAAAGUUGCUCAGAAGAGUAAAAUUGGAUCAAAUGAAACAGAGGAUAGAAAGAAUCACUUGGAACACACUAAAGAAAAUGGUUUAUCCAUGUUGAAAUAUCAACUGAUUGAAGAAAUGGAAGGUGUCAUUAAUGUAUUGAUACACAAAGACUGUGAUGAUAGUAAACUCAGUCUUAAAAUACUUCAUGGGAUUGCAAUUAUGCGCUUUUAUUGUGCUCUUAAAACUGUAACAGGUUUUAAGUUUUCUAUAGAAGAAUCAGAGGUGUUGCUUGAGCUCAUUACUUGCAAGCCAUCAAUAACAGCUGUUGGUGUGCGUUUUGUUGUUGUUGGGUUAUGUACUUUAGUAGCAUGUGCAUUCUUGAUAAGCUCUCCAGAACGCGAAGAUAAAAUUGUUGCUUGGCUAAGUAGUUUACCUAAGCAAUCAUCAUUAUUUGACGAUAAAGUUGGGGAAUCUUCUUAUGGAGAGACUUUACUGCUAAUAGCUAUUCACUUUCAUAAUAACACAUUUGAACCUGUUGUUGAUCUGAUUUGUGAAACAUUGGGCAUCAAACUUCGACCAAGUUCGCUGACCAGAGUUAAAAUACUUUUUACUCAACAAGUGUUUUCUGAAAAAGUUGUGGCAGAGCAUGCUUUAACUGUUGCUAUCACAAAAGAUUUGAGUGCAAAUAUUAAAGGUUUUCUUCCAGUGCAUUGUGUGCUCCAACUAAUGAAGUCUAAAGUGUUUACUAAACAUUCAAUUCCUGUCAAGGAUUGGUUAUUUAACCAGCUUUGUUGUUGUACUACACCUGUUCACCCUCUGAUGCUUCCUCUUAUUGAAACAUUUGUACACUCGAUCAUCAACACUGUGGGUGUUGGUAAGUCUUCAAAACGCCAAACUAACUCCCUUGAAGAAUUUGAUGAAGAGAAAAUUUUAGGAGUCUUUUCUGGAUUUUAUAAAUGUGUUGAUAUUACUACUACACAAAUUUUACUGAUGCUGUAUUGUCUCAUCUACCAAGAUUCACUGCUUGGAAAUAUGAAAACAUUAGUUAAUUCGAGAACAUUAAAAACUUAUUCUGCCAGCUUGUAUUCUACCAUACCUAUGAAACAAUUGCUGCUAAAGGCAUGUUCUGCUUCUUACAGUACUUUAUACGCUUCUUUGCUGGGAUUGAUGACAACUCAUUAUCCACAUUUUAAUCUUGCUGAAGAUAUGCUUGAAGCAGAAGAAAUAGCCGAGUUGCAAGUUUUUAAUCAUGGAUUACCUAAAAAGAUGAUAGUAUCUUCUGAAGAGAUUAAAAAAGCUUUUGUGACUCUUAAUGAUUGUCCACAAAAUGUACUGCGCUUACUAUUUCAUCUGGAAAUGCUUAAACCUGACGAUCUCAUACCUUACUUGGAUGUUAUUGUUGAAGCAUUGCCUUUGGUUCUAAAUGUUGAAACUCCGCGCAAAGUUCAAAUGGUAUUAGCUGGUGUUUGGAAAAAGUUGAAUAUUGUGGCUCCAAGAAUGUUAUGGCUCAAAACUGUAAACGCACUACAUAAAAAACCAGAUCAUAUCAGAUAUGAGUGGCAGAAGAUAGUACCAUUCACUGAUGAAGAAAUUAAAAAAGAUCCUUUAAUUGUUUUAAGAUGUGAUGAAAAGGUUUAUCGUGUUCCACCAAUUUUUGAUAUUCUCUUGAAGACUCUCAAUGGUUAUCUUGCUGCAUCAAGAUCUCUUUUAAAUCACCAUGUCUUAUCUAAUCCAUUGCCAACAACAGCUAUGCCAGUUUCAAUUGCAGCUGAUGUUGAAAGAGAAGAGUUAAAAUCAGCUUUGAUAACUGCACAAGAAAGUGCAGCAAUACAAAUAUUAUUAGAAGUGUGUCUCCCUAGUGAGUUUGAAGAAAAGACUUUAACAUACAGUUCUCAGAGCACGUUGCGUGAAAUUAGAUGCCGUGUUUGUCGAUUUAUCCAUCAAAGUUUUAUUUCUACACCACUCAUGGCAAAGCUUAUUCAUUUUCAAGGUUAUCCCCCUUCUUUGCUUGAAGUAUUGUGCACUGGAGUACCCUCUAUGCAUAUUUGUAUAGAAUUUAUACCGGAGUUGCUUAAUCAAGCUCAUUUAGAAAAACAGUUAUUUGCUGUUCAAUUAAUAUCUUACCUCGCCAUUCACUAUCCCAUACCUAAAUCAUAUUCAAUGUGUAAGUACACUUUACAAAGAGUUUCUGAUCUACUCAUGGCGCUUCCUGUAUCAAAGCGCAAUCAAUUUUUUGUACCAGCGCUAAGCUGUUUUACUAGAAUUUGUAAAGCGUUUCCGCCACUGCGUAACGAGGUUGUCAAGUUACUGUUAAGCAUCGGAAAAAUUGCCGCUUCUCAGCUCAGUAAAAUGCCUUUGACAGUUGUAAAUAAGAGUGCAAAUAUUUUGGACGAAAAUUAUACUGAUCUUGAUUUUGAAAUGGAUAUUGACCGUGAACCAAUUAGAGAUAACAAUGUUAAUAAUACAAACCCAAAUCGUAGCAUUGACUAUAAAUUACCAUCAAAUCAUCAUUUUAUGAAAGCCUGUUCUAGUCAAGAGCUUGCUGACGAGACGGAACGUGUAUUUGAAAGCAUUAUGAAAACGAACUUAGAAGAGAAACUUGCGUUAUAUGAUACGUGAUCUUGUUGUGCAAACGUAAUUUGCGAAAAGAGAUAUAAGCGGUAUA